AUGUGGUAUGUGAAUGAUACCUUCGUCUUUAUCGACCGGGAUCAACGGCUGACAUUUGAGGAACAUCUGAAUGCGGUCUUCCCGGACGUACAAUUUUCGAUGGAGGAGGAGGAGGAGGAGGAGGAAGAGGAGGAGGAGAACAACCAGCUGGCCUUCCUGGAUCUCCUCAUAUGCCGCAAAGAUUGUGGUGGACUAAAGACCAAAGUGUUCAGGAAAGCAACAAAUACUAUGCAAGUACUGAACUUCAACAGCAACCACCCAAUCAACCACAAACGCAGUUGUGUAAGGACGCUCUAUCGGCGUGUCGAAACGCAUUGCAGUGAGCCGGAAGACAAGAUUGCUGAACUACAAUACCUCCGAAGGGUCUUCAAAGCCAAUGGCUACCCGCGCAACUUCGUCAACCGGUGCAUACGCAAAACGGACGAAAGGUUUACCCGCACGGACACCAAAUUUUGGCGAGCGCUUCCGUAUGUCAAGAACGUUUCGGAAGCUGUCGGCUGCCUUCUCGCACCACUUGGGUUUGGAGUUGCACACAGACCGGAGGUAACCAUCAGGCGUCAGCUAAUAAAACCGAAAGACCCACUGUCACGGCAAGAAACGUCUGGAGUGACUUAUCGGAUCUUGGGCAGUUGCGGACAAAGCAACUACGCCAGAGAAACCGGAAGACAGCUCCGAACGCGAAUGGCUGAACACGCUGCAGCGGUGCGGAGAAAUGACGCUAACUCUCAAGUUGCGGCGACGAGAUCCGGCCACACAUUCAAAUUCGAUGAGGCCGGAAUUCUCGCAAGAGGUGACAACCACGUGAGCUGGGAGAUACUUGAAUCAUGGUUUACUGGCCCUCAGUCCAUUAACAAGUGCAAUGAUCUUCCCAUUCCAUACUUAGUGCUGAGACUUCGCCUAGGCGGGGUAGUUAACCACGCGGGGAGAGCACAGGUGAACACUUUUCCCAACACCAGGGUCAUUGCGUCAGAUGGUCGAGCAAUUAUCACACCAACACCCAACGUACGUGAUGAAAUUGCAGCAAUUAACGACGCGAAUGUCGGCCAUCACACCACGUGCAACGAUCCCUGA